CGUGACCGCGCUCCUGUAGAGGGAAGAAACAAGGUGGCGGUUGAAGGCGAUCUUGAGUGGGGCCCCAGCAAUUCGGUUGAGCCUUCUCCCUCCACCCGCUUCCGCCGGCCGGGCCCCUCCCGCCCGGCCCCUCGGGCCUCCCAACCCGGCCCCGGCGCUCCCCACCGCCGCCACUGCGCCUGGCCCUCCCCGUCUGCUUUCCCUUCUCCCGCCGCCUGGGCUCCAACAAGAGGGGCCGGCGGGGCAGGCCGACCAAGCAGCCCGCGGCUCCCGCUGCGGAGCGCUGCGCCCCGGCCCCGCCGCCGCCGCCCACGUCCGGACCCAUCGGGGGCUCCCCUCGCCGAUAAGCGGUAGUAGCCGGGGCAGGUGGGCAGCCGCCAGGCUGAGGUGGCGCCGAAGACGCGGCUGAGCUCGCCCAGGGUGGGCAGCAGUAGCCGGAGGAAGCCACCGCCGGCGGCCCGCCCCGCGCCGGCACCAGCGCACCGGCCCAGCGGGGGCGCGGUGGCAGCCACCUAGCCCGGACCACCGCAGCCCGGAGGGCUGUCAACAAAGUGGUGUAUGAUGACCACGAGAGCGAGGAGGAGGAGGAAGAGGAGGGGGGCGGCGAUGCCGAGGAGACCCAGGAGUCUGAGGACAACUAGGAGGAUGACAUGGAGGAGGACGACGAUGACUCCGAUUAUCCGGAGGAGCUGGAAGAUGACGACGAGGACGCCAGUUACUCCACGGAAAGCAGCUUCAGCAGCACUCCAGAUUUGGUGUUCAUCUAACAAUCUGCCUAACCCAGAUCUUGCCAGACUUUUUCUGUAAAAGGUCAGAUAGUAAAUAUUCAGCCUUGCUGUCCCUGUUGCAGCUCUGCCAUUGUAGCAAUGAAAGCAGUCAUAGACAAUACAAAGUGGUAAAAUAGCUGUGGAGUGCAGACCCAGUGAAGAGAUUGUAGAUGUCAGAUGGGAAGAACUACACAGUUUAAUUCAAGUCAGUUGCUCUCCCCUGAAGGAAGAGUAUUCUCGGAUUUCACCUCGGAGGAGGAAGAAUUCAGGCUGCCAGAACUGGACUAGCGCUUCUGAAGAUCCCAAGGCCAGAUGUCAGCCCUGCCUCAGGAAUCAACUGAAAAUUUGGCUCCAUUCCUGAGGGAAUUGGAUUCAGCUGGAGAGCUGCCCCUGGGGCCAGAGCCGUUCUUGGCUGCACAUCAGGAUUUAAAUAAGUGGACUCCAGAAGAAAGGCUCCCAAAGGUGGCUCCGCUUCUGGACCGGGAUCAGAACCAGGCCCUAGUUCAGCUUCCUCGCCUCAAGUGGGUUCAAACUGCAGAUCUAGAUCGGGCUGCAGGUCGUCAGGCAGAUGAAAUACUUGUUCCACUAGACAGUAAGGUUUCAAGACCAACCAAAUUUGUUGUUUCGCCCAAGAACCUGAAGAAAGAUCUAGCUGAACGUUGGAGCCUUGCUGAGAUUGUUGGGAUUCCACACCAAUUAUCCAAACCUCAGCGUCAGAAACAGACUUUGCCGGAUGAUUAUUUGAGUAUGGACACACUGUAUCCCGGCAGCCUGCCUCCAGAACUCCAGGUGAACGCAGAUGAGCCUCCAGGGCCUCCUGAGCAAUUUGGACUUUCUCAAUUCCAUCUAGAGCCCAAAAGUCAAAAUCCAGAGACCCUUGAAGACAUCCAGUCCUCUUCACUCCAGGAAGAAGCCCCAGUGCAGCUUCUACAGCUCCCUCAGGAGGUAGAACCUUCAACCCAGCAGGAGGCCCCAGCUCUGCCUCCAGAGUCCUCUAUGGAGAGUCUAGCUCAGACUGCACUGAAUCAUGAAGUGACAGUUCAACCUCCAGGUGAGGAUCAAGCUCAUUAUAAUUUGCCGAAGAUUACAGUCAAACCUGCAGAUGUGGAGGUUACCAUGACUUCAGAGCCUAAAAAUGAGACAGAAUCUACCCAAGCCCAGCAGGAGGCCCCAAUUCAGCCUCCAGAGGAGGCGGAACCUUCUUUUACAGCCCUGAUGACUACAGCUCCUCCUCCAGAACACCCUGAGGUGACACUUCCACCUUCAGACAAGGGUCAGGCUCAGCAUUCACACCUGACUGAAGCCACAGUUCAACCUCUGGACCUGGAGCUUAGCAUAACUACAGAGCCUACUACAGAGGUUAAACCGUCUCCAACCACGGAGGAAACCUCAGCUCAGCCUCCAGACCCGAGGCUUGCCAUAACUCCAGAACCCACUACAGAGAUUGGACAUUCCACAGCCCUGGAGAACACUAGAGCUCCUCAUCCAGACCAGGUUCAGACUCUGCAUCGAAGCCUGACUGAAGUCACAGGUCCACCUACAAAGUUAGAAUCUUCGCAGGAUUCAUUGGUGCAGUCUGAAACUGCACCAGAGGAACAGAAGGCCUCCACAAGCACCAACAUAUGUGAGCUCUGCACGUGCGGAGAUGAGACUCUGUCAUGUGUUGGUCUCAGCCCAAAGCAGAGGCUCCGCCAAGUGCCUGUGCCAGAGCCCGACACCUACAAUGGCAUCUUCACCACCUUAAAUUUCCAAGGAAACUAUAUUUCAUACAUUGAUGGAAAUGUAUGGAAAGCAUACAGUUGGACCGAGAAACUAAUUCUCAGUGAAAAUUAUUUGACUGAAUUACAUAAGGAUUCAUUUGAAGGCCUGCUAUCCCUCCAGUAUUUAGAUUUAUCCUGCAAUAAAAUACGAUAUAUUGAAAGACAUACAUUUGAAUCACUACCAUUUUUGCAGUAUAUAAAUCUGGGCUGCAAUUUAAUUACAAAACUGAGCCUUGGAACAUUUCAGGCGUGGCACGGAAUGCAGUUUUUACACAACUUAAUUCUCAAUCGCAAUCCUCUGACUACUGUCGAAGAUCCAUAUCUCUUUGAACUGCCGGCAUUAAAAUAUCUAGACAUGGGAACAACACACAUCACACUUACAACACUUAAGAACAUUCUCACGAUGACUGUUGAACUGGAAAAACUGAUCUUACCUAGCCAUAUGGUCUGCUGCCUCUGCCAAUUUACAAAUAUCAUUGAGGCUGUCCGCAAAACAGUCAAGCUGCAUUGCAACACUGCAUGUCUGACUAACAGCAUACAUUGUCCUGAAGAAGCAUCUUUAGGGACUCCAGAAGGAGCGUUCAUGAAGAUGUUACAAGCUCGGAAGCAGCACAUGAGCACUGAGCUGACUAUUGAGUCAGAGGCGCCCUCAGACAGCAGUGGCAUCAACUUGUCAGGCUUUGGGAGUGACCAGCUUGAAAUUCAGCUAACCGAGCAGCUACGGUCCCUCAUCCCCAACGAGGAUGUGAGAAAGUUCAUGUCUCAUGUUAUCCGGACCUUGAAAAUGGAAUGUUCAGAAACACAUGUGCAAGGGAGCUGUGCCAAGCUCAUGUCGCGAACAGGCCUCCUGAUGAAGCUUCUCCGCGAGCAGCAGGAAGCAAAGGCGUUGAAUGUAGAAUGGGAUACGGACCAACAAAAAAAAAAUUAUAUUAAUGAGAACAUGGAACAGAAUGAACAGAAAGAGCAGAAGUCAAGUGAGCUCAUGAAAGAAGUUCCAGGAUAUGACUAUAAGAACAAACUCAUCUUCGCAAUAUCUGUGACUGUAAUACUAAUAAUUUUUAUUAUAAUUUUUUGUCUUAUAGAGGUGAAUUCACAUAAAAGGGCAUCAGAAAAAUACAAAGACAACCCAUCAAUAUCAGGAGGCUGAGCACGAGUUAAAGCAUGUGGAUGGCCUGGAGCCAUGUUUUUAAAAUUGUUAUUAAAUGUUGGUUUUUUACUUAAAUCAAUGAAAACUUUCUUUACUUUGUGGUUGUGUUCCUCAAAAUGAGAAUUUUUAACAAUAAUAAAAAUAAAGCUUGUUAGAUCAUU